GAGAAGAACCUCAUAAUUUGAAUGAAGAAAUUGUUGAGGGAUUGAAAAAUAUUCUUGAUGAGCAUAAUGUGCUGGUGAAAUCUUUUAGAAUGGCUGGAAAGAAAAUCCACGAAGAAGGAUGUGUUGAGUUUAAGUUGAAGCUCAUAGGAAAGAGAGCAAGGGACGGGAGAACCUACAAUCUACCUUCAGUAUUAGAGGUUGCAGCUUUGGUUGUGGGCGAUUUUGAUUUGUCAUUAGGACAAAGAGAUAUUUUGGUCGAGACUUGCACUGGAAGGUUGCAACGGAUUAAUGAGUUACACCCUUCAUAUUUAGCGCUCCAAUAUCCACUUUUAUUUCCAUACGGGGAAGAUGAAUUUAGAGAAGACAUACCUCUGUGCAAUAGAAAAUCGGAUCAUGUCCGAGGGAGACAAAUGAUGAGCAUUAGAGAGUUUCUUGCAUAUCGGUUGCACGAAAGAAAUACAGAGAUAUCCAUUAUAUUGCGUGCUAAGAAGUUAUUUCAGCAAUAUGUUGUUGAUGGUUACACUCUAAUUGAAUCGAGCAGGUUAAGCUAUAUUCGAAAUAAUCAAAAGCAAUUGAGGUGUGAAAUGUUUAAAGGAUUGAAUGAAGCUUUAUUACGUGGUGACACAAAUCCUGCCACACAGGCGAAGCGCAUUAUACUCCCAUCUACAUUUGUAGGUGGAGAAAGAUUUAUGAUUCAAAACUAUCAAGAUGCAAUGGCCAUAUGUAGAUGGAUGGGAUAUCCAGAUUUAUUUAUAACUUUCACGUGCAAUUCAAAAUGUCCAGAAAUACAGGGCUACCUUGAUGAACGGAAUCUCAAACCAGAGGAUUGACCCGAUAUUAUUUGCAGAGUUUUUAAGAUGAAAUUGGAUGGUUUGAUCAAUGAUUUCCGUCGCAACAAGAAAUUUGGAACUUUAAAAGCAGGUAUUUUACAAAUUAUAGAAAAAAUGUAAUAUUUAAUUUUCCAAAAGCGUGGUUUGCCACAUGCCCAC